CCUACUUUCGUAUACAAAUUAGCAACCCAAGUUGAUAAGCAAAACACAAACGCGUCAAACUGUACGUAGCUACAAAAGACUUCCGUCGUUUCGUCCCGAAGAUCAGACCGUCUCAAGCACGGGUGGCUCGAAGCAGAACAUCAGCCUUGUUCAGUCUACAUCAAACAAAGCACUGUUCCUGACACGGCCAAAGCUCCGGGGGCUUUCUUUGGAUACUCAAACAUCUUGAGCCGAUAUCAUACCGCAACAGCAUCCAUAGGAAGGCAGGACCACAACGUUCACAGGACCCUCCAGCAGCAGGACUCCAAUCAUGACAACAAACCCCUUCCCAGCAAUAAACGGCGGCUGCUAUUGCACCGCCGUUCGCUACCGACUUCUCACCUCCCCACUCUUCUGCUACGCCUGCCACUGCACCGAUUGCCAAAAAGCCACCGGCAGCGCCUUCGCGCUGCACGCUACUAUCGAAACCUACAACAUCAGCAUCAUCUCCAAAGCGAAACCCUCGCUGAUCACGCUCAUAAUGGACCCUUCAAAGCCCCAAGACGUAUCUAGACGCGCGCUCUGUUCCCAGUGUGGAACGAUCUUAUGGGGUAACGACAAUUCUUGGGGCUAUGCUGUGAGCGAUGUUCGGAUUGGCAGUUUGGAUUUUCCCGGCAUCAUGGAGCCCGACGUGCAUUCAUUUGUAGGAAGCAAGCUAGGCUGGAUCGAUUUACCAAAAGAUGCGAAGACAACGAAGGGGCACUAUGGCUACAAGGAAAUGUGGCCAAAGAGCAGUUUGAAGAGGCUGGAGGUCUGUCUGGAGAGAUUUGAGGCAGCGAAGAAGGCUGCUGCGUCUCAGGAGAAGAAGCCAGAAGAAGCAGGAAGAGGAAAGGAUGCGAGCCCGGUUGACGGAGACGGGGAAAAGACACCGACUGCGACAGGAGAUGCGGAAGAGAUUGAGGAUGACGAGGCUUUCGAGCAGAGGUUCAGGGAAACGGAGAGAGCGCUGCAGGAGAGACUGGCCAAGCUGAGUUUGAAAUUGGGGGAUGAGGAUGAGAAGCCUGCGAGUAAGACUACGACAUAAGAUCUAUUUCAAUCUACGCAUGCGAGCGUCAGCUUCGCGCCGUCACACCUGCAACUGUCACGCCUCUGUGCGUCGCUCAUCGC